ACAGCUCUCCACGGCCCCAAGGCAUGGCUUUGUCACGGCGGCGCCACCUGUUGCAGCAUCAGUUCCAAUACCUCCGCUGCCUGAUUCCGACAAUCUCAAUCGUUUCCGCCACUCUCCUCAUCCUUCUUGCACUUCUCUCUUUUCUCGCUCCUGCUCCCGUCGAUAAUCUCUCCCUCGGCCGCCGCUACCUCAAUCGCGUAUCUUUCGAUGGUGGCAUUGAGGUUCACGGCUCUGCGAAUGCGAGUGGCGUUUUCCGUGUUCCAAUGGACGGAGGGAAUUUAGGCCAUGAUCUCUGGGGUUCAACGUUGUCAAGAUUCUACUAUGGAUGUAGUAAUGCCAGCAAUAAGUUUGCGACACCGGAUGUUAUCACAGAACCCAAUCGUUAUCUGCUGAUUGCAACCAGUGGAGGCUUAAAUCAACAAAGGACAGGGAUAACAGAUGCUGUUGUUGCCGCCCGCAUCUUGAAUGCUACUCUUGUUGUGCCUAAGCUGGACCAGAAAUCUUUCUGGAAGGAUGCUAGCAAUUUUAGUGAGAUCUUUGAUGUGGAUUGGUUUAUUUCUUCCCUCUCAAACGAUGUUAAAGUCAUAAAACAGCUCCCAAGAAGGCGAGGGAGACUUUGGACUCCAUAUACCAUGCGUGUGCCAAGGAAAUGCACUGCAAGAUGCUAUCAAAAUCGUGUACUGCCUGUCCUAUUGAAAAAACACGCUGUUCAGCUCACCAAGUUCGAUUACAGGCUUGCAAAUAAGUUGGACACGGAUCUACAAAAGCUGAGAUGUAGAGUUAAUUACCAUGCUUUGAAGUUCACUGAUCCUAUAUAUGAAAUGGGCAUGAAAUUGGUCCACAGGAUGAGGAUGAGAAGCAGACAUUUUAUUACCCUUCACUUGAGGUUUGAACCCGAUAUGCUUGCAUUCUCUGGAUGCUAUUAUGGUGGAGGAGAGAAGGAAAGGAAAGAACUGGGGGCUAUCCGUCGGAGGUGGAAAACGUUGCAUAAGAACAACCCAGACAAGGAACGGAGGCAUGGAAGAUGUCCCCUCACUCCAGAGGAGGUUGGACUUAUGCUAAGAGGGCUGGGAUUUGGCAGUGAUGUUCACGUCUAUGUGGCAUCUGGUGAAAUAUACGGGGGGGAAGAAACAUUGGCUCCCCUUAAAGCUAUCUUCCCAAAUUUCCACUCCAAGGAUUCUAUAGCAAGCAAGGAGGAGUUGGCACCAUUCUCCUCAUUUUCUUCUCGCAUGGCUGCACUUGAUUUUAUUGUUUGCGAUGAGAGUGAUGUAUUUGUAACCAACAACAAUGGUAACAUGGCCAAAAUCUUAGCUGGUCGGAGGAGAUAUUUCAGACAUAAACGUACCAUUCGUCCAAAUGCUAGAAAACUGUAUUCUUUGUUUCUGAAUCGGGCUAACAUGACUUGGGAAGCAUUUGCAUCACGUGUACGAACACAUCAGAGAGGCUUCAUUGGAGAGCCAAAGGAGGUAAGGCCAGGGAGGGGUGAAUUUCAUGAGAACCCAUCUUCAUGCAUAUGUGAAGAUUCUGAAGCAAAGGCAAAAUGGGAUCGAAUUUCCCAUAGUCAGACUAAGGUUGACCAGAAAAGUGGGAAGAGUAAUGAAGCAAUCAAAGAUUUUGGUGAAGUCGCUGACAAUCAAUUUGCAGAUGAUGAGCCAGACACAUCUGAUUCAGAUUACGGGGAGAACCAGGAUGGGCCAGGGGAGAGAGGAGAGUCUAUUGGGACAGACUUGGAUGAUGAUCUGUUCCUUAAUUCCGAGGAACCUGAGUUGGAGGAAAUGCUAUCAGAUUGAUGAAGCUGCUUGGUACCAAAACAAAAUUUCUUGUUUCACUUGUACCUAACCGAUUCUUUCAUUGAAUUCUUCGGGUUUUUUUUUUUUCCAGUUCUGCUUAUUGGGAGAAAACCUUUUGACCAGAGCUGGAGUUUGGAGGGUUAUACUUUGUAUAUAUAUAGAGAGAGAGAGAGUCAUGGCAAUAGAGCUGUACAGAAACAUAUUUUAAUGAAACGAUUUAAAUUCAAA